CCAAUGAUUUUCCAUUACCAUAACCAGUAUUCAAAAAGGAUAAGGUCGGUACCUUAUACUUUUCAAAAUAAUCUACUGCAAACUACAAUAUCAGCAACAAAAUUACACUUUACAUUUACUAUAUUUUUUAUCACUGGUAAUCAACAGAACUAAAGGCUGAGGUCCGAAAAUUAAUAUUAAUAGAAAUAUACCACCAACCACAAACCACCUUUAGACUUGACUGUAUAGUUCUGUAAUGACAUUGCUUGGUUGAGAUAGUAAAAUUUAAUAGGUAUUAAGUAAUUAUUAUAUGCAAUUCUGUGAGAUGAUCCUGAUUAUCGUAAAAUGGCCUUUAAAUGAAGGUGGCGGUUUAUCGUCGACUUAUUUAUAAUUUACAACACUUUUAAGCGAUAAUGCAAUAAUAAAAUUAAAGCUAAGCAUUAGGGGCCAAAAUUGCAUUUGUACGUCGAACAGUCAUAAGAUAAUAUGAUAUGCUACCUAGCUACAACUUAUUGUAGUGACAACUUGUAAGAUAAGUAAAAAUUUAUCAUUAUCUUAUGAUUAGGCGGUAGGUAUAAAAGAGCGUAAGGUACGCACGCUUUUUGCAUUAUCGUAUUUUUAUUUCUUGUGAGUGUAACAUAUAUAUUAAUAUCAACCAAAAUGGCUUUUUUGGGAAAGCAGUACAAAUACGAAAGCGAAGAGAACUUCGAGGCAUUUCUGAAUGCCAUCGACAUUCCAGCAGAAGACAAAGCCAAAGCUGCUUUGUACAGACCCACACAGCUUUUAGAAAAGGACGGUGACACCUACAAAUACACAACAAUUAUUCCCCAGAGGACUAAGACCGUCACUUUCCAAUCUGGUGUAGAAUUCGACUAUGAGAUCAAGGAAGGCAUUACCAUUAAGAGUCUCUUCACUGUUGAUGGCAACACAGUGACCCAAGUAUUCACCGACCCUAAAGGAAGAUCCGCCACAUUCAAGAGAGAGUACAAUGGCGACAAAUUGAAAGUUACCGUCACUACCAGCGUCUGGGAUGGCGUCGCUUACCGAUACUACAGUGCUUAGGAACGUAGAAUUUAAUUAACUAGAUAAGGUUA